AUGCCGUCAGAUUAUAAAACACAUUUGGCGCAGAGAGUUCUUGAUGGAGAACAUGUGACAUACCGAUCUCUCAGCAGAGACCUGAAUGUUCAUUGCAGCCAUGCAAAGCGAAUGCUCUAUGAGUUUCAUCGCCAUGAGAAUUCGAAAAAGCCGAAUUCUGUAUAUGCUACAUAUAUCUUAACUGGACUACGUCAAAACAAAGGUUCUUCCUCUAAUCGAAGAACGGCGCGGAACGGGGACAAUGAGAUAAUUCAAAGCAGCCCCUUUAUCAGCAGCCAGCCCGCCAUCGAGGAGGACUGUAACCAAAUUGAAAUACCAGUAACAUCGAUUCUACUGGCCAAUGAAGAUGAGUUACAAGAGGCGAAGGGCAAUUUCCAAAGCCUAUACUCAAUAUUUGUGUAUAGCGUACAGGCUGCUAAAGUUGAUCUAAAUACUUUGGCAGAUAUCACGCAAAUUGUAUCGAAACAGGACCCGUUGCAGUGCGGCCCCACUCUCGGUAUGAUACAGAAUAAAAAUGUAAAGCGAAGAACGGGUACUGUUCCACCGCCAGCUCAAGUAACUGCACAGACCCCUCCAAAAUUUAACAGUCAAAAGCCCACUGUUACAACGCAGGUAGAAAAGGUACAAGAACAAAAACCAGAGUUAAAGACGGAAGGAAGGGCAAAGAUCGAGCCACGGCAUACUUCUCAGCUCUCAGAAUCUCAGAGCUCUGCAAACCAGCCUCCCAGGCCUUCGUCAGUGAAACACGCCGGGUCGGAUUUUUUCAAGGCUUUUGGAAAAGCUAGACCAAAAACUAUGGGGCCAUCGCCGGUGGCUCCCAAAAUAGAACCGGCGGAAUUGAGCGGAACUGGAGAUGUUGUUAUGGGGGGUGAUUCGGACGAAGAAGAGAGCGAGGAUUUGUUUCUAGAUAGCAAGAAAAGCACUAAUGAUAAUUAUGGGCAAUUGAAAAAAGAACGAGAGGCAGAACUGAGGAAGAUGAUGGAAGAUGACGAUGAUGACGAGAUGCCUGACGCUCCGCGAGGAGAAGCGUCAGAGGAGCAAAUGAGUAUGGAAAAGACAGCGACGGCAGAACGGCCAGCAACAACAGCCGAGCCGGCACCGGCGCCCACGAUCACGCACAGCGGGCGGCGGAGAGGAAAGCGCCAGGUGGUCAAAAAGAAAACAUUCAAGGAUGCAGACGGCUAUUUGGUCACGAAGGAGGAAAAAGUGUGGGAAUCAUUCUCUGAAGACGAGCCUGAACCCCCAAAGAAACGGCCAGCUGUAUCCACAGCGGGAAAGCCCAAGGCAACCCCCAAGACCGGGCAGGGGAAUUUGAUGUCUUUUUUUGGCAAAAAACCCUAG